AUGCCAUCUGCUUUUAACGAAGUCGAUGGACUAAGCUUUUCUUUUGGGGAGCUCCAGCCAGUAUCGAGGAUCAACAAUGAGUUGCAGAGCCGUGCAUAUCCUCCGGGGAGCAUCUCCAUUGAGAGCGAUGCCGCUUCACCGGGUGAAACGGAGAGUUCUCUUUUUGUGUGGAACACAGCGACGGUCUCUACCUCCCCUUCACUUUCCUCAGUCACAUCAGCACGUCCUAAUUUUACUCCUGUGGAGCGUUUUCAUUUAUCUGAGGGCAGGCCGAGUCAUCAUUUUGGCGCAGAGGGUGCAUAUAAGAAGUAUGAAUCGCUUGGCGGCAAAAAGUUCAGUCGGCCCCACGCCGUGGCUAAGCCUGGCACCUAUUGGCUAGGCUUGGCGGCGUUAGCUUUGCUCGUUGCGUUAACUUCCGCACUAGAUCCUUUGAGGGCAAAGCUGUUUCGCGCGAGCUAUGAGUUGGCAAAGAGUGAUGCUUCUAUGCAGCUCUCUUGGGAUGAUGAAUUUCUUCCACGAUCGCCCAGACGACUACGAAUUCGGGCUUCACGAGCACCGGACGUGUCCAACCGCCUUCAGAACUCGUUUCAUACCAAAAGUGAAGAGGAAUCAUACCAUGGAUCCAGCAGUGGUGCCUUUGACCAGGACAGCUUGCUGUUCGAUGACAGCACCGGACAGCCAAACGAACGUGAGGCUUCGUUCGGCUCGGGAAGCUACGAUCCAUUUCUGGCAUUCUCGGAUGCCGGCUCCAACCAGGACACGCUGCAUCAAUUAGAGCCAAGAUAUGCCUCCAAAUAUGAAAGAUGGCGACGUACGGAUACGUUGGAGGCGAGCGAGGGCACGGUUCCGCAGUGGCGCCGUUAUUCGCCAGUGCCUUCGGCGUACUACGGAUCUUCUUCUGAGCCUGAUACUGACUACGCGGCGGAACGGGGGUCAGGAUACUCAACGCCCGUAACGGAUACCCUCACGGACGAUGCUCCCAGCAGUGGUACGGAUACUAGGCUGGAGUUGCGGAGACGUCGCUCGGGGAGCGACAGCAGCAGCAGCAACUCUGGAGGACAGAGGACUGGAUUUCGACAUUCACGGGUCGACCGAAGGCGCAUGAACACUUUGCAGCAUCGCCAGCGAACUUCUGUUACGCAGCGGAGUCAGCGCCGCGGCAGCCAGGUAGCCGAGGUGCCGUCGAAAGGGCACCGGAAACGAACCAAGAUUUCGAGACGAUCCAGGGUUGGUACAGUCCCUGCCGCAGACAGACAGACAGCACAUUCUGCCCCCAAAAGACGUUGGCAAAGAGAUCGCAGGUCCGGAAGAAACAGCGUAGGUAGGCGGUACCCUAGGGUGCCAUCGGCAAGCGUGGUUUCACAGGUGCAAACGCCUAAGAAGAACCGAUUCUUCUUACCUGAAAGUAAUGUCGCUUCAGGCGAUGCAAGCGGUGAAGACGACGAUUCGGACGAACAGGAGACAACUUCGACAUACACCCACACAGCUGUUCUCAGAAGCGCCACAAGGGCCCGGUUACAGAGUGUAGACAGCGCUUCGACCUCUUUGUCCGUCAGCAACAGCGACGACUCUUUCGAUGGCAUUCGCACCUCUUCUGCAACGUAUCAGCCCCCUCAGAGUGUACUCCUCCCGAGCUCAUAUACGACUGGACCAGGAGGAGACUUGGGAGUGGAGACUGCAACUAGACUGGUAGCGAGCAGGGUAUCGCCGGAUGCCUCUUUCAAUGUCACAAAAAAUCAGAAGGCAGGCUGCUCAGGCUCCACUAAUGCUUCUUUGCCAACGGAGGUGUUGCUUUACUUGGUGCGGCAAGCUCUGGAGGAGCUUGUGCUGUCAGAAAACGCCGAAUAG